CUGUCUCUCUCUCUUCCCCCAAAAGUCGCUUCCGAUUUCAAUUCCAUAUUCGAAUCUCUCUCGCCAGUAAUCUAAUCAGUAUCUUUUCCGCAGAAAGCCACUGGUGUUCUUCCACUCUCACACAGCAACCUAAUUCGUGAAAGUUUCUUUAAUCGUGUUUUCAGGAACAAACGCAAGAACAAUCUGCUUCCGUCGAGGUUUUGUGCAUGAUGGAGGAGAACGGUAAUCUGGUUGUUGCGCCGGAUUGGAGAGCGGAAAUCAAUACCGAAGCCAGACGGAAGAUUGUCGAUUCAAUAUGCGCAAAGUUGAAGGAACAGUGGCCUGCGUACGGUCAUGAUGGCAUAAUUUCGGAAGGAAUUACCAACCUUGCGAUGAAAUUUGAGGAGGAGAUGUUUAAUAAAGCAAAUUCUAAGGAUCAUUAUAUCUAUAAUAUAAGCAGAAAGAUGAGUAGGAUCGAAAAUCGCCAUGAAGGCUCCUCAAGCAUUCAAGAUCAUCCUGCCUUUUCCUCUGACAAAUCUGUAGUGCAGAAAAAAAAGGAGGCUGUUUUUGUAAGCCAGCCUUUGCCACAGAUGACUAAUCAGCCAUAUCCCCGGCCGAUGGUGCAUAAUCAACGACAGCAGCUGGCAGCCCCUAAUCCUCUUUUGCGGCAAAAUAUUAUGCAGUUAACACCACAGUCGCAUGAACAACUACAAAGACAAAAUCUGAAUGCCAGACAGUUGCAUCAACAAUUUGGGAUGCACAGUCAAAGUUGUGUUCGUCCACAAAAUACAUUGAUUUCACCAUGUCGACCACUGGGUUUGCAGAGUCGAGAUUCUGGAGUUUAUAUACCCCCACAAAUGUUCCCACCACAUUCAGAAGUUAUGAACUUGCAGCCCAAUGAGAAUUUAAGAGCCCAAAUAAAGGAGGAAGUAAUAGGUGAAGAUGUGCAGGCCUCCAAAUUCGUACAACCACACCAUACGCCUCGAGGUCCCAACACUAUGAUUGAGCAACAUAAGCAACACCAGUCCAUGGGAGUUUCUGCAGUUCUAAUAGAGAAUCCAAAGGGAGAAGAUUGGCAUGAUCAAGCAUAUAAUGAGAUGCAGGGCUUGAAGAUGACAUGCUUACCUCUUUUGAAGGAGUCAUAUGAGAGGGCAGCUAAACUGUGUCUAGAGGUAGGACAAACAGAGCAGAUCCAGAAGUGCAAGAACCACAUGAGUUUAAUGCAAAAAAUGACGAACUUUUUGGAAUUGCCAAGGGAUAAAAUCACAUAUUUCACCAAAGAGAAGUUUUAUCAAUCUAUGAAAUCAAUUGAGAAAUUCGCGAAAGCCCAUGAGAAUAGGAAUACGUUUCUUGUCAAUAAGCAGCAGCCCCUACAUGGGCAGCCAGGCAUUAGUCAGUCUCAUAUAAACCCAGUUCAGCGAAGUGAUAAUGCGAACCCCCAUUUUCAACCUUUGAACUUGGCUGCCACUGGCUCUUCUGAUAGUUCCUCUCCUAGAACACCAAGUGAAAUAGGUUCCUCGAGGCCAGAAGCAAACAGGAUUCAGAAAAAUCUGUUGCAGAAGAGGCAGCAGCCAGAAAUUAUCAAGCAAGAAUUUCAGUCCUCAUGGAUACAGCAGAUGCAGAAGUCGACAGAAAGCAUCCAAGCCAUUAAUAGAUCAGGAGUGUCUUUGCAGAAUCAUUUGAACUCAAAACAUUCUCCUCAAUCUCAUGAGGAGGCUUCACAGCUUUCUAAGAUUGCUGAGCGAGCACUUUCAAAAGAUCCUUGCUCUUCAGUGUAUGGAAGAGAUGGAAGAGCUUCUCCUACUCCAUCUUCCUCAACAGUUGGGCUUGGAAAAAGUUCUUCUAAUGUUUCCUGCCUUUCAAGUUUGAACUUCCAAUACCCUGAAACCCGUAAUUCUGUUAACUUACUUAAUUCCAAAACCAAAAUCCAAGUCAAGUCUCAUGAGAUCAGAAGCUCUGGCAUAUCGACUUCCCAGUUUGCCGAACCUACUAGUCUUGGAAGCAGUCAGCAUUUGUCUACAGCAACUCAGCCACUUAAUCGCCUGCUUAAAGCAGUCGACUCAAUGUCAGAUCAAGCAUUGAGAACAGCUAUAUCAGGAAUAAGUUCAGUUGGUAAUAUGUGUGACACAGUAACAGAACCGUCAGUUUUUGGAACAAGGUGUCACCAAAAGGCAGCCCAUUUAAGCUUGCAAGAUGGAUUUGGUUCCUCAAAUAAUAUGAAGCGAAAAAUAUGUGCAAUAACCUUAAAUGACAUGCCAUCUCCGUGCAGCGACAACGAUGGCUCCGAAUUAACAGUUACAUCAAGAAGCAAGAAGCUCAAGAAACUGACCGACAAUGCCCUAUUGGAAGAAAUGAGAAACAUAAACCAACGUUUGGUUGAAACAGUCCUAGAAUUAGAUUCCGCUCAGAAUGUCAAUAGGCGAUUCGCCAAUGCAGGUACCGUUGUUCGAUGUACAUAUAGUGCUGUCAGUGAUCGUAACAAUUUGAUGUUCCAUUUUGCAAACACACUAAAAUUGCCAGUGCUUUCUGUGAAGCUGCUUGUGCCUCUUGAUUAUCCAGAAGAUUACCCUGUAUUCCUAAGCAAAUUUAAUACAGAUUGCGGCAAUGAGGAUGAAGAAUGUAGAGAUCUGUCGAGGAAGGCGACGUCGAUGUUACGAGCAUUCCUCCGCACCGCUCCAGAACGCUUGUCUCUUGGAGAGUAUGCAAGGGCAUGGGAUCAGUGUGCUCGUUAUGUGGUUUCUGAGUAUGCUCAACGUACCGGCGGGGGAUGCUUCAGCUCUCGGUAUGGGACUUGGGAGGACUGCGUCGCGGCUACCUAACGACCUCCCUUCAAUUCCACCGGUGCUGCAUCAGAUUGAAGCAUUUUGGUAAUAAUGUAUGUUGUUGUGGAAGUUAAUGUAUGGAACACUGCACACAGGACUCGUAGAUAU